AGCCCACUUGAUAGUAAACAUACUUUGGCGUAGACGUCGUGAUGACCUCAGUGCAAGCGCGCGGAGGGAGGGAGGAGCCGCGCGCGCUUCCACACUGUCUGUGAGAGAGAAGCGGCGUCCUCAAAACUUUUCCCUGACGGAUAAUUCAUGACAUAAAUCAGCAUAAUCGCGAAGGGAUUCCUGGAGUCACGCCAUGUUCAAGGCUGUGCUAAAGAAGAGCAGAGAUGGUGGGAAAAACAAGAAGGAUGCAGGAGAGCCGUACCUGCUCAGUGCCCAGCGGAGGUGUCCUGGCGGAGGGAUGCAGGAUCCCGGCGGUGUUCAUCCGUACCUGCCCACAGAUGAAGGCCUCAAACUCAGCCUGGCUAAAGGCGUCUCCAUGUCUCUCCCCUCGUCCCCUCUCCUGCCCCGACAGACCUACGUGAUGUCAGCUCGCCCGUGCAAGAAGUCUCCAGGACCCGUUAGAAAGCCCAAGUAUGUGGAGAGUCCUCGUCUUCCUGGAGAUGCGGUCAUGUCGUCGCUGAGGAAGGUGCCGGACGGUACGACCGAGCUGGCCGGUCCAGGCCCCUCCCCCGCCACUCAGGAGUUGAUGACACGCUUGGGGUUCUUGCUGGGCGAAGGCAUCCCGGGCUCCACGCGCAUACCUAUGGACGACAAGAAUGAAAAAAAGUGUCCAGUAAAUCAGAGUAUCAGUCCAUGUUCUACUCUGACCAGCAGCACGGCGUCUCCAUGUACGGACAGCCCCUGUUCCACCUUAAAUGGUAACAGCAGCCGGCCGCUGGUCGCCCACCGCAGCCCGUGUGGAACCAUCACCAGUCCCAGCUCCACCCUCGAGAGCAAAGACAGCGGCAUCAUUGCCACCAUCACCAGCUCAUCAGAGAAUGACGACCGCAGCGGCUCCAGUCUGGAGUGGGGUAAGGAGGGCAGUAUAAGGAGCAGCGGUCAGCAUGUGCUGGCACAGACGGCCACACGGGCAGACACGUGCUCUCCUGUGGCCGAGGAAGAAGCAUCAACGUCCGGGACAGAGGUACGGAUUGUCUCCGGGGCGAAGAAGACUUUUGAGGGACCCGUCCACUAUUCCACACAGAACUCGUCCAGUCUGAUGAUGCCUCGGCCCAACUCAGUCGCAGCAACAAGCUCCACUAAGCUGGAGGAUCUGAGCUAUCUUGAUGAACAGCGAAACACCCCCCUGCGCACGUCCAUCCGCCUGCCCUGGCACAACACCGGGGGCAGAGCUCCGCACGACAAAGUUCGCUUUGCUCCGUACAAGCCCACUGACAUCAUGCUCAAGCCACUGCUGUUUGAGGUUCCCAGCAUCACCACUGACUCUGUGUUCGUGGGCCGCGAUUGGCUGUUCCAGCAGCUCGAGGAUGACCUGAGGCCCUGCGAAUCAGGCGAGAGCUCCGGGUCCAUCCUUGUGGGCAACGUGGGCUUUGGCAAAACUGCCAUCAUCUCCCGUCUGGUAGCCCUCAGCUGCCAUGGCGGCCGCAUGCGACAGAUCGCAUCCAACAGCCCAAGCGCAUCUCCCAAAAGUGGGGAGCCGACUUCAGAUCUGCCUCUGAGUCAACCGCCUCAGCCGACCCCGCCGCCCAGCGCCACCAACACCCUGCGAUCCAGCAGCUGUCCCAGCACUCCUGAGCUGCAGCGGCGCCGUGAGGAGGCCGUCAAACGUCUGGCUGCCAAGGUGGUGGCGUAUCAUUACUGCCAGGCUGAUAACACAUACACGUGUCUGGUUCCUGAGUUUGUGCACAGUGUGGCCGCUCUCCUGUGCAGAGCGCAUCAGCUCACCGCAUACAGAGAGCUGCUGCUGAAAGAGCCGCACCUACAGAGCAUGCUCAGCCUGCGCUCUUGUGUGCAAGACCCCAUCGGUGCCUUCCGCAGGGGGAUUCUGCAACCGCUCAUCAACCUACGCAAAGAGAGGAAGAUUCCAGAAGAAGAUUGCAUCAUCUUGAUUGACGGGCUGAAUGAGGCGGAGUUUCACAAGCCAGACUAUGGUGACACUGUCGCCUCCUUCAUCACCAAGAUCAUCUCCAAGUUCCCCAACUGGCUGAAACUGAUCGUCACCGUGAGAACAAGCCUUGUGGAGAUCACCAGUCUGCUUCCCUUCUCCAAGAUCAGCCUGGACGAAUUCCCGGACAACAAGGAGAUCGGGAUGGACCUGAACGCCUACAUACAGUACCGCAUCAACGGCAGCCAGAACAUUCUCAACAACAUCUCCCUCAACGGCAAGGCCGACCCCAUCAUCGUGGGCAAAGUCAGCUCCCACCUCACCUCCCGCAGCCAGGGGUCAUACCUGUACCUAAAACUGACCCUCGACCUCUUCGAGAAGGGUCAUCUGGUCAUCAAGAGCGCGAGCUACAAGGUGGUGCCCGUCUCUCUGUCAGAGCUCUACCUGCUGCAGUGCAACAUGAAGUUCAUGACCAAUUCUGCGUUCGAGCGCGCUGUGCCCGUUCUCAAUGUGGCACUGGCGUCUCUUCACCCCAUGACGGACGAGCAGCUGUUUCAGGCGCUGAAUGCGGGCAGCGAGCGAGGAGAGCUGCUGUGGGAAGACUUUCAGCAGAGGAUGGAGACCCUCUCGUGUUUCCUCAUCAAACGCAGGGAUAAGACGCGCAUGUUCUGCCACCCGUCCUUCAGAGAGUGGCUGGUGUGGCGAGCGGAUGGAGAGAGUUCGGACUUCCUGUGUGACCCCAGGAGUGGACAUGCACUGAUGGCCUUCAUGUUGUCGAGGCAGGAGGGCAAGUUAAACAGGCAGCAGACUAUGGAGCUGGGCCACCACAUCCUGAAAGCUCACAUCUUCAAGGGUCUGAGUAAGAAGACCGGCGUGUCGUCCAGUGUUCUUCAGGCCUUAUGGAUCAGCUGUAGUACUGAUGGUCUGUCUGCUGCUUUGGCCUCCCUGAGGAACCUCUACACACCCAAUGUCAAGGUGAGCCGUCUGCUGAUGCUGGGUGGAGCGAAUGUCAACUAUCGCACGGAGGUGUUGAAUAACGCCCCGGUCCUCUGCGUCCAGUCUCACCUGGGACAUCAGGAAAUGGCCGCCCUGCUGCUGGAGUUCGGAGCGAAUGUGGAUGUGGUUUCAGAGAACGGCAUGAGCUCUUUGUGUUACUCAGCGGCCGCUGGUCAUCUAGGGCUGGUCAGUCUUCUCUGUAAGAGAGGAGCCAAGGUGGAUCACGUGGACAAGAGCGGUCAGUGUGCGCUGGUGCAUGCAGCCCUGAGGGGUCAUUCAGAGGUCAUCGAGUGUCUGCUGGAGCUGACCUGGAGCAGUGAGGGUCAACAGGACCUGAGCCUGAAGAACAAAGUCCUGCAGCAGGGGCUCAUAGCGGCCUGCAGUAUGGGACACAUUCAUGUGCUGGAAGGCUUGUUGAUGUUGAAUAAUGAACUGGCGGUGCAGAUUGAUGCCCAUGACACACUGUGGGGCGAAACAGCUCUGACUGCGGCUGCAGGACGGGGGAAGAUGGAGGUGUGUGACUUCCUGUUGGAGCGGGGGGCGCAGGUUCAGCAGGUGAACAGGAGAGGAGCGUGUGCCCUGUUCUGUGCAGUUCGACAGGGACACUGGCAGAUUGCAGAUCUGUUGCUGCAGCAUGGGGCGGAUGUGAAUGUAAGUGACAAACAGGGCCGCACACUGCUGAUGGUGGCCGCAUGUGAGGGGCAUCUCAGCACGGCCGACUUCCUGUUGUCUAAAGGUGCCUCUUUAGCAUCGGUGGAUAAGGAAGGGUUAACUCCCCUCAGCUGGGCAUGUUUAAAAGGACACAAGAACGUUGUUCAGUUUUUGGUGGAAAAGGGUGCAGUUAUCGACCACUCAGACAAGAAUGGACGCACACCGCUGGACCUGGCUGCCUUCUAUGGAGACGCUGAUAUUGUUCAUUAUCUGGUUGAGAAGGGUGCAGUGAUCGAGCAUGUGGACUACAGUGGCAUGAGGCCGCUGGAUCGAGCCAUCGGCUGCAGAAACACCUCCGUUGUGCUGACCUUACUGAAGAAAGGAGCCAAACUAGGCUACAGAACGUCGCCUUAUGAUCGAACAGGUAACGCAGCCUGGGCGAUGGCGACCUCCAAACCCGACAUCCUCAUCAUCCUCCUGCAGAAGCUCAUGGAGGAAGGAAACCUGCUGUAUAAGAGAGGGAAGAUGAAGGAAGCGGCUCAGCGGUAUCAGUACGCACUAAGGAAGUUUCCCAGAGAGGGUUUCGGUGAUGAACUGAAGGCCUUUAAGGAACUGCGUGUGUCUUUGUACCUCAAUCUCUCCCGCUGUCGACGGAAAACCAAUGACUUUGGCAUGGCUGAGGAGUUUGCCACAAAGGCUUUGGAGCUCAAACCCAAAUCAUACGAGGCGUACUACGCUAGAGCCAGAGCCAAACGCAGCAGCAGACAGUUCACCGCGGCGUUAGCUGACCUGCACGAGGCCACGAAGCUCUGCCCGAACAACCGCGAGAUCGGCCGUCUGCUGGCUCGCGUCGAGGACGAGUGUAAGCAGAUGCAGCGCAGCCAGAGCAAACACCAGGGGCUGUCCAACCCGCCGGAAGACCAGGAGUACGCCGAUCGAGAGGAGGAGGAUGUGACGGAGCGCGUCGAUGAGGACGAGGAUGAGGAUGACGACUCUGAGGCCUGGUCUCAAAACAUCUACUCGCUAAACAGGACUUCUAACGGCCGCUCGGUUUCACCGCCUCACAAACAAAGCCUCCGACAUCAGCACAGGGAGUCUGUGGCUCAAAAGAGCCUCGUUUCGCAGCCGAGCAAACAGGCGCAGAUUGUCAAAACCAACCAACACCUCGGAUCGAUACAGGUGGGUUCUGCACGCCCAACAAACACAAAAAGCCAGUCGCAGUACGCGCCCUCUAGCCCGAUCCCGAGCCGGCAUAUUUCCAGCGUGCUGAAGGCCGGACCGGGCAUCGACAUCAGCCCGUUACUGCCCGCCAACGAUGAUGCAGGACGCCACGAAAUUGAGGAUCUUCAUCACGUCCAAGUACACUCAUCUCUGGACGGGACGGUCCACUCCGUGACCUCCGGAGCUCAAGGUCAGGAGCUCAGAAAAGAUACCAGCAUGAGGGUUUCCAGCUCCACCAGCAGCCUGGCGUCCAGCAGCAGUUUAUCAGACAGCGGGAAAGCACAAGGCCCGGACGUGCGCACCAAGGACAAACCUAAAAUCAGCCAGACGGGCUCUGUGGAAUAUAAACCUCGACCGUUCAUGGGAAUCAUGGACAAAACGGCUCGAUUUCAGCAGCAGCAGCAGCAGCCGGCACCUCGAGGUUGGCAGAGUCACUCCAGCGAAGGUCUCGUAGCUUCUGCAGGUCUGACGGGUGAGAUCAUGUACGCCAAACCGUCCAGCUCUUAUUAUGAGCAGCUCAAGGGUCCUGCGAUGGGCGGCCUGCACAACGGGAGUCUGCAUGCUAAAGAGUUCUGUCAUAAAGAGCCCAAACCGGUCCUGACCAUGGCACAUUCGUUCACAGACAGUAUGCAGAAGCAGCCUGGUUUAGCUCGAGAAAACACCUCCAUUCAUGUAGCGUCAAUGAAACCAAAGAGAUCCUUUAUAGAGUCUAAUGUUUAGAGCAUUCAUAUGCAACAGCCCCACCAAAACACACUUCAGAUGAAUAUAUAUAGUACCGGUCAAAAGUUAAUGUUGUUGAAAGAAGUCUCUUCUGCUCAUCAAGCCUAAAUUUAUUUGAUCAAAAAUACAGUAAAACCAGUAAUAUUGUGAAAUAUUAUUACAAUUUAAAAUAAUGGUUUUCUAUGUGAAUAUAUUUUAAAAUAUAAUUUAUUUCUGUGAUCAAAGCUGAAUUUUCAGCAUCAUUACUCCAGUCUUCAGUGUCACAUGAUCCUUCAGAAAUCAUUCUGAUAUGAUGAUUUGCUGCUCUGAUUAAUGCUGAUUUGUCAUUAUCAAUGUUGGAACAGUUGCGUUAUCUUUUUGGAACAUGUGAUACUUAUUUCAGGAUUUAUUGAUGAAUAAAAAGUUAAAAAGAACAGCAUUUAUUCAAAAUAGAAAUAUUUUCUAACAAUAUAAAAUCUUUACUAUCACUUUUUAUCAAUUUAACACAUUCUUGCUGAAUAUAAGUAUUAAUUUCUUUGAAAAAAAAAAAAACUGACCCCAAACUUUUGAACGGUAGUGUAUAUUGUUACAAAAGAUUUCUAUUUUGAAUAAAUGCUGUUCUUUUUUAACUUUUUAUUCAUUAAAUGAUCCUGAAAAAAGAAUCACAGGUUAUAAAAAAAUAUUAAGCAGCACAACAUUGAUAAUAAAUCAUCAUAUUAGAAUGAUUUCUGAAGGAUCAUGUGACACUGAAGACUGGAGUAAUGAUGCUGAAAAUUCAGAUUUGAUCACAGAAAUAAAUUACAUUUUAAAGUGUAUUAAAAUAGAAAAACAUUAUUUUAAAUUGUAAUAAUAUUUCACAAUUUUACUGUUUUUUUUUCAGUAUUUUUGAUCAAAUAAAUGCAGCCUUGGUGAGGAGAAGAGACUUCUUUCAAAAAACAUUAAAAAUAGUACUGUUUUCAAACUUUUUACCAGUACGGUAUACACACACACACACACACACAUAUAUAUAUAUAUAUAUAUAUAUAUAUGCUACCAUUCAAAAGUCAGUAAGAAAUGAAUACAUUAACCCUCUGGUGCUCUUCGGUCACUGAAAAAUUUUGUUACUUUUUUUUUUCCUGAAUUUUUUACGUCAUCAGAAUGGUACAAAACUUUUGGCACUUGCUGUGUGACACAAAAAUCAUAGACAAGAUUCAAAAAGGUUAAAUGGUCCUGCAAAAAAUAGUCAGACUUGUGCUCCUCGCGGUCAAAAAUGAGCACAUUGUUUAGAUUUAUGGCUUUGAUUUUCUUGCAGUUUUAGAGUAAAAUGUGUUUUUGAAAAAUAUUUCAUAUAAAAAUUGAUGAUAGUAUUAGUAUUUUUGUGCAUUUUUCAUAACAAUAAGCGUAAAAUUCUGUAACUUUAAGUUAAUUUUUUAUAAAACUUUUUUCACAAUAAUUUGCCAAGUGUCGUCUUUAAAAUGAGAUCAAAAUUAAGUCUAAAUGUGCUCUAAAGCAUUCAAGAUUUAUGACAGUUUAAGUUGGAAAUUUCAUUUUCAGGUCUAUGCUCAAAAAGUGAAUAAAUGGAUUGUAACUACAGCGUAAAUAUUAUUUAGUACCAUAAAAUCCCCUAAAAGUACACAAUAUUAAAAAAACAUUAUCAAACUAAAAUAUAGUACAUUCAUUUCAUUGAAAUAAAAUAAAAAUCGGUCAUUUUUCACUGACACGCGAAGAGCACCAGAGGGUUAAAUCGAUCAAAAGUGACAGUAAAGACUUAAAAAGUCCAACUUUUGAAUGGUAGUGUUUAUAUAAGCAUAGAUUUGCAGAAAAUAUACAGUCCAAAAGUUUGAACCCACAUACUUAUUCUUCAUUAUUCAUAUUUUCAAUAUUGUAGAAGAAUGUGUUUCAACUCAUUCAUUUAAUUUUUUUAUUUAAAUAAAAUUUUAUAAAGUAGGCACAAUUUAUAUUUGUCUACAAAACUAAUUUCAAGCCUUUAGAUCAAAAGGGUGGAAAGAUCAUGAGAAAACAAUUAUAUAGUUCUUAAAAGAGCAUUCACAAACACAAUAUCCGCUCAGAAAUAUAUUGUAAAGUUCAGACUUCUGUUAAUUGGUGAAGCAAGUGCAGUUAUCGUUCUGUUUCUACUCUUUAAGCCCUGUGAACAUGGACAACCUGAGCAUCCAGGACGGCUAUUUUUAUGCCCUUCAAAAGGGACCAUAAUGAACCGUAUCCGCCUGAACCGGGGCUCGAUCGCUGCGUCACAUGACCGCACUGAAUCAGUGGAGGGACGUGGAGAUCACGGCACUGAAGGACUGUGCACAGAGAUCAGACCCUCGACUAUGUAAAUAUUACGACGUGUAUUUUCCACCUUUAUGUGAAGACCAUUAUUUGACCAUUUAUCUACAAAAAAGUUGAGUUUUUCAUGCAUUUUUGGUUGCCAUGAUGUUUGCGGUUAUUAAACUUGUACCUGGUCUGUUUGUAUGUUUGUACAUUACACUACAAUGUUGAAAAGUUCUUUCCUGCUUGUUGUUCCUGUCUAGGUUAAUUUAUUUGCGGCGCCUCUGGCUUGGUAACUGUCAAAGCAAUAUAUUUUAUAUAGUUAUUUUUGCACAGCUACUUUUAAGAGAAAUAUGAAACGGAAAUAUGUUUUAUGAAUAUGAAACUAUAGAGGCCAUCUGAGUGUGAGCGCAUGCUAAAGUUUAUGUGAAGGAAUUGGAGAAAAAUAUAAUUCAAAGUGAUACAUUUGAGAUGGGCAGAUGUUAUUUUAAUGUAUAUAUAUAUUAUUUUUUUCUGCAAUUGGUGCCUCAUGAGUUGUGUUGAUCUGUUACUGCAGUCUGUAUUAAAAAUGAAUUCAUUUCUGCCAUGAUCCAUCUAUACGGGAAAUAAAAAUCCCACUGGAAAAAGUA